UGUUGUUGCUGUUUCUUUCUUGGCAGGUCCCAGGAUCCCAGGUCCUCCCUGAAUCCCAACCCUUGAAUUAAACAGUUGCAAGCUGGCCUGCAAAAAUUCAAACAACCAUGUCCUAUAGAGGGAGAAAAGAGAAAGGUAAUUGCUCAGCCCGGCCGGCGGACGAAAAUGGACGCUUCUGCGCGAGCUCUGGUCGAGGCCAUCCACGCCACUCCCACUCAGGCCGUGCUGUACCUCACCGGCGGAGCUUCUCAGGCGAUUGGAUGGUUGCUGGCUUUGCCCGGAGCUUCAAAUACUGUUUUAGAAGCCGCGGUGCCGUAUUCGCGAAUGUCCUUGAUUCAUUUACUGGGAAAGGUUCCAGCUCAAUUUUCUAGUCGACAGACUGCAGAGGACAUGGCGUUGAUGGCAUACAAUAGAGCUCUGAAGCUAUCUCAUCCAGGCGUUCCUGUUCUUGGAGUGGGCUUCAGUGGCUCUUUGGCAAGCUCACAACCAAAGCGAGGGGAUCAUAGGUUUCAUGUAUCAACUAGGACAUCUUCCCAGCUUUGGGCCUCUACUGUUACUUUGAGCAAGGGUUUACGAACUCGUGAACAAGAAGACCGAGUUUCCAGCCAAUUCCUAUUAAAGGCAAUAGCAUAUGCUUGCAAGGUUCCCGGAACAUAUGUUUCUGAAUUAACUGAUACAGAAAUUCCUGAUGAUUUUGAAAUACAAUUUGAUGAAGAUCAGGAGUUGGAACAACUAAUUAAUGGUCAAAUAUGCUUUAAGGUUUACCCCUUUCUAGGUGAUAUGUCGAACGAAACUAGGAAGGUUAUCCUCUCUGGCUCUUUUAAUCCUUUGCACGAUGGUCACCUCAAGCUCUUGGAAGUUGCCGUAAGCAUUCUUGGUGAAGGAUAUCCAUGCUUUGAGUUGUCUGCAGUGAAUGCAGACAAACCUCCAUUGUCCGUUUCUCAAAUAAAGCAACGUGUCCAGCAGUUCGAAAAAGUUGGGAAGACUGUCAUAAUCUCCAACCAGCCAUACUUUUACAAAAAAGCCGAACUUUUCCCAGGAAGCGCAUUCGUGAUAGGUGCAGAUACUGCAGUCCGGCUUAUAAAUCCAAAGUACUACGGCGGCAGUUACGAAAGAAUGAUAGAAAUCCUCUCCGCCUGUAAGAACACGGGAUGCAGUUUCCUCGUUGGAGGGCGAAAUGUAGAAGGCAGUUUCAAGGUCCUCGGUGACUUCGACAUCCCGGAGGAGCUGAAAUCGAUGUUCAUAUCGAUCCCAGGUGAGAAGUUUCGGGUGGACAUUUCAUCAACUGAAAUAAGGAGAACUCAAGGCUUGGUCUGAAUUCAGCUGACCUGAUUAAUAAUAUUCUUGCAUUGCAUUGAAGAACAAUCAGGUACACUACAUAAUUUGACAUGUUGAAUUUUAGAGCUGUCGAUCUUAGAUUUGAAUUUUUUGUUUUUAUUUUUUCAUUUAAGUGUUAGUAUAUAUAUAUAUAUAUAUAUUGUGAUUUUAGCACAAUAAGCAAAUUAUACAGCAUAAUAUAUAAUAGGCACGACACAUUAUAUAAUACUCUCUCCGUCCGUCUCAAACGAUUACAUUUACAUUUUGUAUCAUUGUAUUUAAUUAAAACUACCUUUAUAUUUGUAUAAUUUUUUUUGU